CGCCGGGGCGGAGCCGCCGUUCGCUGUCAAUCCCCGCAACCGACGGCCGCCUCUUCCCGCAGCCGCGAUGAGUCGCGAUUUCUCCCCACCCCGGGACCGCACCCUCGAUUCUCCGCCGGUUCCCGUUGAUGCGCGUUCGGCGGGGCGCAGCGCGGAGCGGACGGAGUUGGCGGCUCUGAACGAUCGUUUCGCCGCUUUCCUGGAGAGGGUGCGGGCGUUGGAGAGGCAGAACGGAGCCCUCCGCUCGGCCAUCGGCCGCGCCGCCGCCGCUCCCCGCGCUGCGGGGUUGGUGCGGGGAGAGCUGCGGGGGCUGCGGGAGCGGCUGCAGCGCCUCGGCCGGGAGAGGGAGCGGCUGCAGGGAGAGCGCGAUGGGCUCGCGGCGGAGCUGCAGGGGCUGCGGCGGCGGCUGGAGGAUGAGAUGCAGAAGCGUGAAGAUGCAGAGCAGAGCCUGGUG